AAAACUCACCUGUCACUCGCCUAAAAAAAUUACUUCGUGCAAGUCGGAAGAACUCUCCCCUCCUUCUCCAUCCCGCCUGAAAAAUGGUGUCCUGUUUGACCAACCGAAAGCCGGUGCGUGUGCCAAAUUUUAGUCCCUACCGGAAGUCCUUCCUGUACACGCCGUGCAACUGCCCGGUGGAAAAUUGCACCUUCAACGAGGAGGCGAAAGAUGAAAAAGUCAAAAAGCGUUCCGGCCCAAAACCGUCCCGCCGGAUCCGGAAGCUGGCAAAGCCGCGCCAGAAAACGGCCAAAUUUCACGCUCGUCCGGUGACGCAGUACGGGCGCGUGAUUCAGAAGAUCGACGCGUACCGGGAACCGUACGCGUCGACGCGCAUCCAGCAGCUGUCGGUGCCGAAGGUGCGUAAGCUGGUGGCCGCCCGGGAGGAGUACCAGCGGUUUAUUAAUCGGUGCUGGUAUGAUCGGUUCAGCAAGCGCAUCAAGCGCAGCAUGUUCACCGUUUACAGCCGGUUGGCGAACGUGCAGCUGCCGGAGGUGGGCCCGCCAAAGUCGGCGAAGAUGACGCCGGAACAGUGGGCGCGUCACCGAGAAUGGUUGGCGCUGAGGGCCAAGCAUAAAGUGGCCAAGGUGAGGAAGGUGAAACCGAGGAAAAGGGCGCCUUUGGAUGUGCUGAUGGAUCGGAUUGGAGAUUUGGCGAUGCCGCGGUCCGAGGGGAAGAAGUUUAACCGGAAGAUGUUGGUUUACUACGCGGUCAAGCCCGCUGCGCUGAAGGCAGUUGCGAGCACUCGCAUGCUGGAGCUGUGCGUCCCGCUGGAGAGAAGACGUCGGGCCAAGGGACCGAUCGUGGAGAAGGUCGGCCUGCCGGAAGAGGUGCUGAAGGCCGUUGCAUCCGAGCGGGUCCUGGAACUGUCCAAACCGAAGGUGUACAAGAACGUCAAGAACGAGUACCGCGAGAAUCCGUUCACCGUCGAGAAGCGUGCCCUGAAGGCCAAGGCUAGCGAUCGCAUUCUGGAACUGGCCAAACCGAAACCGGACCACAGCAAGAAGGGCAAGAAGUAGAAACGUAUUUUAUAGUCGCGUGUUCCUUUUUAUUGAGGGAUUCCUCCAACAAAUACAAAUAUAAUAUCGAGAGUAAUUGAACUAGUUGUCGGUUGCUUCGAAUCCGGAAUUUAUUGAAACGCUUACUUUUUUUUGUCGAACUUUGGCUAGAUUUUUAAUAAAUAUUUGAUGAACUCGCGGAGAACGGGCGGCUAGAGAAACGUAAAAUAGGCGGGGUAGAAUACAUGCUGCUGCAGAAUUG